UUUCGAGUCCUGAUGAUCCUCUGUGUAUGAUCUGAACUUCCUGUGUUAAACUGUCAGCUGACUGAGUGUAAGUUCUUACAGAGCAGAUCUUCUGCCAGCAUGGGGAUCUAACAGCAGCGAUCUGGAGAUCUGACAUCGAUCAGAUCAAUACUGAAGAAAUACUUAUAUAUAUUCAACUUUUGUUUAGCGCCAUGCAGGACGAGACCGAAAGUGAUGCAAAGUUGUCACGCUGUAGCUGGUGGCCCUCCUGGCGCCCGACUUCACUUUCCCUCCUGAGGAACACGGAGACUAAAAUCUUAGAUCGCGUCCAGAACGACCUGUGGGCUCGUUUCGUCUCUCUGCCGACUCAGGACAGAAUCUGGACUCUCACAGUUACUCAUAAAAGUCGCGAAGACGCUCGAAAAUCAUGUUCACGCACUCCACUGGUGAUGGUACAUGGCUUCGGAGGUGGUGUAGGUCUGUGGAUCAGAAACCUGGACCCUUUGUGUCGAUCGCGUCCGGUCUUCGCUUUUGACCUUCUUGGAUUCGGGCGCAGCUCUCGCCCUCGCUUUUCACUGGACCCUGCCCAGGCGGAGCAGCAGUCCAUCGUCGCUAUAGAACACUGGAGGCAGGCAUUGGGGCUGGAGAAAAUGAUCCUAUUGGGCCACAGUUUAGGAGGUUACCUGGCAACGUCUUACGCCAUUCAGUAUCCUAAGAGAGUACGUCACCUGAUCCUGGUGGACCCCUGGGGAUUUGAGCCCAUGCCUCCUGAGGGCUUAGUACGCCUGGGAUGUCCACGCUGGGUAGAAACGAUCCUAGCCAUGGCCUCCUUCUUUAACCCUUUGGCUGUGUUGCGAGCCACUGGCCCAUGGGGUCCAAAGUUAAUCGGCCGGGUUCGGCCGGACUUCAAGAGAAACUUCGAGGAGCUUUUUCAGGACGAUACUAUUAUGGAAUACAUUUAUCACUGUAACGCUCAAACUCCCAGUGGUGAGGUCGGCUUCAAAGCCAUGGCCGUCUCCCUGCUGUGGGCAAAAAGACCCAUGCUGGACCGGGUUCACCUUCUGCCCCCUGAGCUCCCGGUGACCCUGGUGUACGGAGGCCAGUCGUGGAUGGACAGUGCGACUGGAGAGCAAGUAGCCCGGCUCAGACCGAACAGCUACACACAUACAGUGGUUGUUGAAGGAGCUCCUCAUCAUGUCUAUGCUGAUAAGCCUGAAGCUUUUAAUGCUGUGGUACAGAGGAUCUGUGACACAGUGGAUUAAACCGUGGUGUGUGUGUGUGUGUGUGUGUGUGUGUGUGUGUGUGUGUGUGUGUACAGUUUAUUACUUUAAGAUCACAUUUCCCUUUUGAAAUUAAUGUUCAUCACAUGAGUCCACUGGUCUUUGAUUAGCUAACAGGAGCUACGAGAAACUUCUGACUCAUGACCUUUAUACAGCUUUAUACAGACAUGACUAAGAAGGUUUAAUAAAUGGAAGUAAAAAUGAA